AUGAAUAGUAUAGGUAAAUUUGGGAUUCGUUCAUUUUCAACUAGUGGUAGAAUAUUAUCGAAUGUUGGUAAAAAACCUAUUAAAUUAUAUGAAGGAGUUAAUUAUUCAAUUGAAUCAAUUCCACAUGAAUUUUGUAAAUCAUUUACUAAAGGGAAUCAAACUUAUAAAUUAGAUAGACAAGUUAUUAUUAAUGGACCAUUAGGUAAAUUACGUACUGAAAUACCAGAUUUUAUAAAUAUUAAAAAUGAUGAAUCGAAUAAAAAUUUAAUUGUUAAUGUUAAAAAACCCAAAAAUAAAAUCCAACGUUCAUUAUGGGGUACUUAUAGAUCAUUAUUAAAUAAUAAUAUUAUUGGUAUAACUGAAGGACAUUUAUCAAUUGUUAAAUUUGUUGGAACUGGUUAUAGAGCAAAUUUAGAAAAAAAUGAAGAAACUAAAGAAGAUUUAAUUUCUUUAAAAAUUGGAUUACCUUUUACUCCAAAAUUAAAAAUUCCAAAAGGGUUAAAAGUUUCAACUCCAAGUCCUGCAAGAUUAAUUAUUGAAGGUAUUGAUAAACAACAAGUUAAAUUAUUUGCUUCUGUUAUUAGAGAACAUAAAAAACCUGAACCUUAUAAAGGUAAAGGGAUUUUUGUUGAUGAUGAAACUAUUGUUUUAAAACAAAGAAAAGUUAAAUAA